CUUCCACCAGUUGCAGGCAAAAACCGCCUAUAUAUCCCUUCAACAAAUGCACUGAAAGGCCUCUCCGCCAAGUUGCAGGCAGCGGAACCAAGCAAGUCAGCAACAGCUACGUUGCCCCCACGACUAACCCUAGCCCAUGACCCGAACGUUCUCGGUUCCAAGUACCACACAGAAACCGGCCUGACGGAUAUAACCCCACCACAGUACCCCCCGGCUGUUCUGUUGUCGCCUGAAAUUGUCAAGGGGCAAUCAAACUUCACUGAUGGUUGUUUUGUCGGCGAGAUGCAGGCCGGGAAUGACGGAACCCUGAUUGAUGCGGCGACUGCAUUUGCGGAUUCCGGACGAGAGUCUCAGGAGAAGAGCUCAUCCAGCGCCAACUCCGCAGAUGCUGUGCAAGACCUACCCGCACCUGUAGAUGGUGAUAGCUCCUCCAGCGAGAUGGAUUUUCAGGUUGCCCAAGUGGAUGUGUAA